UUCAGCGGUUUAUUUGGCAAGUCGCGUUUGUUCAGGUGUGAACUCGUCUGCUGAGGAACCAGUAUUAGCUACAGUCUUACCAGUCUAUUGUACUCCCGCUACUGAGAAAAGCCCCCAAAGCAUGCAGCUGAGUGCUAUGAGAUUACAGCUCCGUCUUCUACUCUGGACAGUUCUUCUCCUGCCAGCUCUUCUUCGGGAGAUGCUGUGCACAAGUCGACUGUGAGAAGAGAUCGAGCUACACCAAAUGUGUAUCAGAAAUAAAUGGAUUAUUAGAGAGUAAAGACGAACCGCUGAGCUGCGAUGACAGCGGCAGUGAAGUUAUAUAUGUUCCCAUGGGCAGUGAAGAGACUCUUGUGUGUCAGAUCCUCCGGGAUGUCGAAGUUGACUUCUCUGGUGGCUGGAAUUUCUACCCUUCCAAUGGAAGUGCCAUGGUAUCAAAUGUACAGGCCAACCAUUCAAGGAUCUCAGCUGAGACAGACCGACUGACCAUCACAAACAUACAGCCAGAGGACGAAGGACUCUAUGCUUGUGUAGCCAUGGAGGGCAAUAAUGACCAACGCACCGUCAUUGCUGGCUGUAUCAUAGUCCAUGGAACUGCUCGGUCGUAUGAUGACUCCACAGAGGACAUAAUUGCCUUAAGUGGAGAGGACGUCAUACUUCCAACUGCAGUCGUGUUCGAGAAUGCCGGUCACUGUGGUGUCAACCCAGAGUACACUCAGGCUCGACUGCGAUACGAGCCAAGCAGAAUGUACUCUUUCACUGCAUGGAGACGCUGUGUUUGGAGGAUUCUGCUACACACAGCUACAACUUUUCUGCAUUGGGAAACGUGACUCUGCACCCACCAGUCAAUCCAGGGCCGUACUUUAUGGCACUGAUCCAGAUGUGCCCUAGCCCGGUCCUAAGGAUGACGUACAAUGUCAUCGUUGGU